UCUGCCACGUACUUGAGUUCAAGCUGACGAUGAGAUCUGCCAGGUUUACAGUGGCUGUCGUGUGGACUUUGGCUGCCUCCAUUAUGAUCCCAUGGAUUAUCUAUUACCAGCAAAUAGAGUACAGGACAGAUCUACAGGUUCUCUAUAUCUGCUUUCCGAAGUGGCCAAGACCAGAACAAGCCCAAGAGUUUUUUCUCGCAAUCUUCCUGUUUUGUUAUAUUUUCCCCCUUCUGCUCAUCGUCAUCUGCUACUCUAUGAUUGGUCUCAAAGUAUGGAACAGAGAUCUUGGCGGAAUAUGUUCAGAAAAUGUUGUGAUACAUAGAUCUAAAGUUAGAGUUGCCAAAAUGUUGGGUAUUGUUGUGCUCCUGUUUGCUCUGUCGUGGAUGCCAUUGUACGCUAUAAACAUAAAGCUGUCCUUCAACAGUCCAGGUAUGCACAGCGAGGAAAUGAGAAUCAUUCAAGAUCUAAUCAUCCCUAUGGCCCAGUGGCUGGGAUCGUCCAACUGCUGCAUGAACCCUCUUGUAUAUUGUCUCUUCAGCAAGAGAAUGAGAGCGAGGAUCAGAAUAAUGUUGACCUGCUCGUCCUUGAUCAGAACUCGCCGGAAGCUUCUUAAACGAUACUAUUCAAGCACGAAGCACAUGACUGUGGAUUAUUCGAAUGGGCAGAUCAAACUGGCUUUCAAAAGAACGCAGUUAAAUGGUUCAGAUGAUCGAUUCAGUAAGCUAAGUAGUGAUACUCCAAAAGUUCUUGAGAGACAUCGCAUGUACAAUCUGUAAGAGGUCAGAUCUUAUGUGAUGUAAAGCGGGGCUGUUGCUUGAAGCUGGUAAUCAUCGUAUCGUCCAUACAGUUGAUACUGUCUGCCAUCGUCGUCUUAUUCAUGUACCGUGAUGAGUAUGCCACAAAUACGAUAUUUUAUGAUACAAUAGCUUUGUUCAAUAUCUCCUAUUGAAUCGCUUACCACAGUUCUAUUCAAUCAUCGCGGUAAUGUCAAGUAUUGAUGCAUGUUUUACUGUUUGUUGCAUUUCUUUUGUUUUUAAUGAAGGAAAUAAAUUUGCGUACGUGCAAAGGGCUAAAGGGUUGUUUUACAUUGACCAGUGAAAAGCAAUUCCCCUGAAUGAUUGGUAGAAUAUGCUGUCAAGUUUGUUUGUAACAACAGUAUCUCGCAUUUGAAGAGAAAGUGAAUCGCGAUGUGUGUGAGAUGUCGAACUUCACAUGUUUUAAAAAAGAGGAAUGUACUUGAAAAGCUUCUUCUUUGUUUGGUUGGGAGGAUUGAGAAAUGUCACAAUUUGAGAAAUGGAAAUGGAUCAAAUAACCUUAUCUUAUAUUCACUAUCAGGUCGUGCUUGAUAAAGGUUAAAUGUUGCAUAACUUGUCUCGACAUGUCGCAUUAAAAAUCGAAAUUGAAA